UUCCUAAAUACACAGUUGUAUGCAUCUCUAUAGAUUUCAUGAGAAAAAUGAUCACAAAUACCUUGAAAGGGAACAGGAAAUAAUUGUGAUUUGUGAGAGAAAACAAAACAAAAUCGGACAAAUGUUUUAAGAAGCUUCCAUAUGAGCACCAGGACUGAGAAAUGAGCAUGCAGACAUACACAUGUGCUCUCUUUCUGGCACACUUCCUUACUGCUGGACUUCUCUCUCAUGGUCUACUGACAACUUCAGAACCAGAGGGCGGCUCAGGGAAUGACAACACUCCUGAUGAUAAUCCUGAUUUUCUAUUCAGUACAAGCUCUGACACUCUACCUACUCUACCUACUGAAAGAGAGGCAGAAACAGAUAUUACCCAGGGAACAGAUAUUACCCAGGGAUAUGUGGUAGUCAAUGACUUUAACACAACUUCACUAAAUGAUAGUAUCCCUUUAGAAGCAAAUACUUUGGAUAUAACCAGUAUUCUUCUGUAUACUAUUCCUGUAUUCAUAUUACUCCUCUUAGCUCCUCUGAUUGUUUUCUUUGUCAAACGCCAUAGACGGAAAACGCAAGAGAAAGAAACAAAGGCAAAUGAAGACAUUAGAAGCCCAAUUUUUGAAGAGGACACACCUUCUGUCAUGGAGAUUGAGAUGGAAGAACUUGAUAAAUGGAUGAGUAACUUGAAAAAUGCCUGUGGUGUCCCCACCCAUCCUGAAAGUUUUAGGCCUCAAGGCCAAGCUGUGUUAACACAACCAGUAGAAGAAAUUACACUCCCAGUGGGGUAUAGAAGAGAUAAGGUAAACGUUUGUCCACUUUGGAAGAAGAAAAUAAGUUUUAUGUGGAUAAGAGUGAUGGUGAAUCCUGACCGGCUUUGAAAAUGUUUCUUCUCUCAAAAGGAAAUUAUGUGAUAAAAUCAGAUUUCAAAGCAGCUGCAUUGUUUUUACGUAUAUUUUUCUUCUACAUGACCUGAACAUGAUGAAUACAUCACUGAAUUACA